GUAUGUUGAAACUCGCUUUACCUUGGCUUGUUUUACUGGGUCUUCUAUUAUGGAGUAGUGUGAUUUGGCUCUAAGAAUCAGAUAUGGAAUCAGAACUUCUCUGUUUUGAAUACAAAAACUGCUUCGUGGGAUUCUCAUACGCCUAUUCCCUCCUCGACGCUAUCCCCAAAUUGGGAGUCAUUGUACUUCCCGCUGCGCCCUUUUCGUUUGACGUGCUGCUCUCGGUAGAUGGAGAGGUCUUGGAAGCGGACAAUGAGCUUGUGCGAAGGGUAGCAGACGCCUUUGUGGACUCUCCGUUCUGGAAAACAAUGCAGUACGAUGUCCAGUUGCGUAGUUACGGAGACUCGGCGCCUGUUUCAGAUGGUGAUUCUAAACUUGCGACAUUCUCGGUCAUCGCUUCGUGCAAAUUGCUCAAAUCCUCGUGUUUUGAUCCCGGAACGUUGCACUCCACCCUUCAGUCCGGCUACUUGGAGGGAAAGACUUUCACGAUGCUUGCCAGUGUGGGCUUACGCUUCGAAUUGUGCCCUCUGGAACGGAUCUCCUGUAAUGACGUCUUUGCCGUUGUGAACUACUGUAUGUGCACGUUCUUCAUCAACAUCGAGCUCCAACUACCCCUCGUAUUUGGAUACUACGCGCGCAAAUUGUACCAGGUCAACAACGAGUACUACGCGCUACUAAACCCAUCGGGCAACACGUACGAAAUAUUAAAGUCGUUCGUAGCUAGACUAUACAACAUGUCACAGACCAGCGAGAAUGCCAUGGCUCAUAUGACAAUGUUCUCCGCCCAUCCAGGUCGCCUCAGGUAUCAGUUGGCGCACCGUAAGCCUGACUGCCACGACGACGACGACGCUUUGCUCAAGAAGGAAAUGUACUUCCUGGCGGGGGACUUUUUGAAUACUAACAAUCUCUAAUGGAAAUUAGGGUGUUCAAAGGAAUACAUUCCUAUUACGUUUGGUAUUCUC